AUGGAUCCAGAAAACCCCAAUGGACACAGUACGAAACGGAAUUCUAUACACCAAGCAUUAUACAGUCGUCCCGUGGAGCGACGAUCGAGCAAAAAGUCUUCAUCUAGGGACCGCCACGGCAUGGUCUACCCAGACAACUUUCGAGACACUGGUAUUCGUACCGUGACCCCGGAAUCCCAUUCCCCUAUAUCCGAGAGCGAACAUUUCACCCAGAGCGCCCCCUCACCCCGAACUACCAUGCGAUCGCGAACCAUCGAACGCACCGAGCCGGAACCACCGACGGAAGCACGAACCGUGCGGACGCGAUCGCGAACUACCACAAUGGAAGAGCAACGAAGCGACAUGGCUUCCGCUACCAUAAAGACUCGCGCACGCAUUGGUUCGGUCAACGCCGCCAGCUCAUCCCAACCCAAGACAGCAGAAGGUAAAACCUCCGAGGAUUCAUCCUCUUCCAUUGGUUUCCCAUCGAUACAAUCCCCUCCCAACUAUAUUGGUCAAGCAGUUACCCGCCAUCGAAAAUCCCCUGGGAGUAGCCGUUCCCCGACAGUCGCACACAACCAAUUCGCCUCACCUCUAUCUAAUACCGAUGCCGCCAAGAUACUCCAAUUGAUGAAGACCACCUGCGGGAGGAUGCAUGGAAUCUUGUCAUUCCGGACAUCUUCCAUCACAGCGUCAAGUCCCUGGACAUCCGGAUACUGUGCCAUUAAUGUCGCUACCGGCAGUCUUAUAUACCAGGCAAAGGGGGAACCAGCAUUGGCAAAAACCCUCAUCCCUGACCUUCGUGGCUGUAGGGUACGGACAUUGUUUGAUUCAGAGCUUCAGACAACCUACCUCAGCGUCCAUACAUUCACCUCUGGGCUGGGCAUUCAGUUACGCCCCCAUGUCAACGAAACAUUCGAUUCAUGGCUCGCAGCUCUACUCUGCUGGCAACCUAUACGUCCCAAGGGCGUUCAAAACAAAAUGACCAAACCUCAAUCCGUCGUCAUUGGAGACCGACGAAUCCCCGAACGUCGGAGAAAUUCGGAAUCCUCAACCCAUAAAGACGCGGCCAUCAUCAAAGUUGGUAAGAUGCUUCUUUGGGACAAACCCUCUGCGGCUGGAGUGCGACCGGCAUCAUCGGCGCGUCGCGUUUCAACAUAUAGGCAGUCAAGGGCUCUCUCUUCCUCCUGGCAGAGAGUGAGCUGUAGACUGCUAGAAAAUGGCUUUUUCAAGCUGUAUACCGAGUCCGAUGUUGUUCUCGUAGCUUGCAUUCAGCUCUCUCAAUUAUCGCGCUGUGCAAUUCAACAGCUGGAUUCGUCAGUGCUGGACGAUGAGUUUUGCAUCGCCAUAUACCCUCAAUACACAGCACACCCCGUCCCCGAUGCUGCGAUGCGUCCCAUCUAUCUCGCCCUUGAAACCCGCGAUCUUUUCGAGGUCUGGUUUGUUCUGCUACGUGCGUUCACCAUUCCAGAGCUAUAUGGCCCUCAACUGCAGGCUGCGGAGGAAGAUCCGAAUAAAACUCCGGAAGCCGACAGUUCUCCCACCAAGGGCAUGUUUCGAAUCGAGAGAAUCCUUCACCUGCGAGUCACGGAGGCGAAGCUUUUUCGCACCAAGGAGGAAGAAACACCACGAAGUCGAAAACAAUCCAGAUCUCAUGGGUACACUGCUCCAACCUCGCCUAAUAUCAGUGACUUCUAUACGGAAGUACUUCUAGAUGGAGAAAUUCGGGCGAAGACUGCUGUCAAAUAUCGCACCACAAAUCCGUUCUGGCGAGAGGAGUUCACCUUCAACGAUCUACCACCCGUUCUGUCCCAGGCUUCUAUAUUGGUCAAAACCCUGAACGCACAGAGGGAUUGGACCCUCAUCGCGCAAGGAAAAUACUCGUCCACUCAAGAAGUCAACGCAGUCAACAUGCUUGAUGAAAUUGAGAUUUCUACCAAUGACGCAAUCUUUGGACGUGUAGACUUGCGGUUGGAUGAGCUAGACCCAGGCGUGGACUGUGAAAAAUGGUGGCCGAUUUUGGAUGAACAUGACCAAGCAGUUGGGGAAAUGUUCAUGAGAGCUCGGAUGGAGGAAACGGUAGUAUUGAUGUCCGAAGAAUACGCCCCAAUGAAGGAGCUCCUCCACAAAUUUUCCAAUGGUUUGACAAUAAACAUGGGUCAAGUGAUGUCGUCCGAGUUGACACAAUUGUCCGAGAUGCUUCUCAAUAUCUACCAAGUCUCCGGGUCUACAGUGGACUGGAUCUCGGCUCUAGUUGAGGAUGAGAUUGAUGGCCUCCACAAAGAGUCCACUGCUAGCCACCUGCGGUACACGACACGGAUUCAUUCGAAUGACUCCCCGGGAUCUUCUGGUCAUGAUCGUAAUGUCCUGGUCCGAGAUAUGGGGAGGACGGCUACUGUGGAAGCCAAUCUACUAUUCCGUGGCAAUUCACUUUUAACCAAAGCACUUGAUCAACACAUGCGUCGACUGGGUAAAGAGUAUCUGGAAGAGACGGUUGGUGAACGACUGCGUGAAAUUGACGAGAGUGAUCCUGAGUGCGAGGUCGAUCCCGCUCGAGUCCCGCGCGCCGAAGAUCUCGAUCGUAAUUGGCGAAACUUGAUUAACCUCACCACCAUGGUUUGGAAAUCUAUUGCUAUCUCAUGGUCCCGCUGUCCUCCUGAGCUCAGGCGUAUCUUCCGACACGUCAGAGCGUGCGCCGAGGACCGCUAUGGUGACUUCCUGCGUUCUGUGACUUACAGUAGUGUGUCUGGGUUCCUCUUCCUACGGUUCUUUUGCCCGGCUAUCCUAAACCCUAAACUGUUCGGGAUCUUGAAAGACCAUCCUCGUCCUCGUGCUCAGCGCACUUUGACUCUUAUCGCCAAGGCCCUUCAGGGCUUAGCUAACAUGACGACAUUCGGCAACAAGGAACCGUGGAUGGAGCCGAUGAACAAAUUCCUGGCCGGUAACCGGGCAGAAUUCAAGCAGUUCGUCGAUCUUAUCUGCGACAUCCCGUCAAAUGCGACGGCUCCCGUCCCUACUCCCUCUUAUACCACCCCGCUGCAAAUCCUUGGACGAUUGCCGCGUACCUCUCGCGAAGGCUUCCCCAGCCUUCCAUUCUUGGUUGACCAAUCCCGAUGUUUCGCAAACUUGAUUCACAUUUGGUUGGAAGUUGUACCGGAGCGGCUCUCUGAACUGGAAGAGAUUGACCCGUUUCUUUCCAAAUUUCACGAAUUGGCACUCCAUCUGCAAGAGCGCACCGAAGAUUGCUUGGAUGAAGCUGAACAAGCUGAGCGUCCAAAUGAUACACUUCAGAUCAAGUGGGAGGAGUUGGUGGAUUCCAUGGAGCGAUCUGUAACAUUCUAUGAUGAAGCUUCAAGCAAACCAGCUACCCCCGCUCCGGAGUCUACCGCUACUGCUCCUGCUGCCCCAGGGUCUGCAGCCUCGGCGACUCCAGGUCAUCGUGGCUCCAUUGGUUUCUUCGCACCUCGACCUCCCAUGCCCCGUCGAUCCACCGACUGUGCGCCAGAGGAGGAUGACACCCCACCCAGUUCUUCAUCUGCAACUUGGGAUCAAUCCCGGAUGCCCUUCACGAUACCUCGAUGGUCCGAUCCAAGAGAUAGUACCGGCAGCUCCAAGAAUUCUUCCACAUACUCCCUGGACCACUCUGAAAACUCCAAGACCCGCAGAGCUAGCGUCACCAAGGAAAGCUCCAGCAAAUAUCGUUUCUUCGAUUUUGUCCCCGCACCCUCCCGCCGUAAGGCCAAGGAACGCGAUCAGUCUGGUCAUCAUUCACACGAAGAUCUCCGGAACGAAAUCUGA